UGGUUUCCUCUCGGUUGAGGUGACAGUAGUUGUUAAUUUGAUUUUUUUGUCCGCAGUUCGUUGGGAAGGGGAUUCUUUUUCUCAGGUAGCGACCAUGGUGCUGCUACCGGACGAAGCCAAGGGUCUCCCUCCCCCGGGCAUCCUGAACCGAAACUCUGCGUGGUUCGGACUGGUCGGCUGGUUCUCUGCAAUGCUGCACAACGGACUGAACCGCAGACCAGCACUCAGAUCCGGUGUGCAUCGCCAACUGCUGUUGGCAAGCAUUGGCUGGUUUGUAGGGUAUCACCUUACCAAGUAUGAGAAUUAUACAUACGCCAGACUAGACCGAGAUAUGAGGGAAUACAUCCGACUGCAUCCAGACGAGUUUCAGCACAAAGAUAAAAGGACCUACGCAGAAGUUUUGGAGAAUUUCACUCCCAUUCGCUGAUUCAGCGUUGUUGACCUCAAUUGGGUGAAAUUGUAUUUGAAGCUUGGGAGGGAGAUGUUUUCUGCUGUAAAGGGUAAUUUGUGAGCAAUGCUUGGAGCGAUAUGUACAAAACAUUAAACACUUGUAUAUGAUAAAUUAAACUCUUUUUUUUUUUCUCAGUGUAGUGUUUUUUGUUUGGAUCAUUACUUUGUGCUGGAUGUAAAGAAUAUGCCUUUGCAAACAAGCAGAAUUAGCAUUUUUAAUUUGUGAGAGGUGAUACCUUGAUUUUUUUUUUUUUUUUUAUUCUAGGCGUGCUUAUUAGUAUUAUGCCUUUUAAUAGAUAUAUUCAAAUAUAUUAAAUUAUUUCUAUUUAAAAUGAUUAAGUCAAGUCUCAUUUUACCCAUAUUUUUAAACCAAGCAUGUACUUCCUUCACAUGCAGUUCCACUAUUACCCAACAGAUGGCAAUGCACUUGGAACAUAUUAGGAAUAAUGCAUUUUUUAAAUAAACAGUAUUGUCGGAGUUCGGGUUUUUUACUUUUCAGUUUGCUACAACUUUGAUAAUCUAUCAGUUGGUCAGGUAUUACUAUAUGAGUUUAUUGUUUUUAAUAACUCAAGAAAUCUGUGUGUAAAGUUUAAUACGUCUUUGAAAACGAGAUAAUGGGGUGCGUAAACAAGCGAAUAUACGUGUUGUGUUUCUAUACUGUUGUGGUCAGAAGUAACAUACAUUGUCACAGUAAUACCUGGUCGUGCAGAAAUAUAUUUCACCAUAGCUGCAAAAAAUAAACAAUUAAGGGAGAAGUUCCCGUUAGAAACCCCAGUGUGUUUAGUAUACCAGAGAACAGAGAAUUCAAAUGGAUGUGUUUCCUGUUUAAUACAAAUAGUCUGUAAAGGGUUUUAUAUAUGUGUUUUUAUAUUUGUGUUUACUGAUAGUCAAACAAUCUCUUAAAAGCAUUUAAUAGCAUGUCAAACACCUUUACACUUGAGAAAUCCCCCCUUUUCUCUUUGGUAGCCCCGUGUGCAAUUAUGUGCUGUUGUGUUUGUAAUUGUAUUUGUUUCCAAUAUUAACAGCAAAA